CAUUUACUUUAAUUAGCCAGUAUAGCUGACCCAUGAUCAAUUUUAUCUUGCUUUUAAGUCGAACGACAAUGGAUGCUAAAGUAGAUUUAUUAAUAUUUUUCUCUCACCGACUCGAGUGCAAUCAGUUUGAGUCAUUGUUUCCCACCGGCGAGACUCAUUUCUAUCUGCUCAGUGCCCGAUAAAUGGGAAUGCAUGGCAUUUUUAGCUGGCCAGUAGCUCGUUGUCUGAAAUCCGAAGAAGACGAUGGCGGAAUGCGCUUAUACGGAUCCGCCGUACCUCAACCGCGUACCAACAGUUGGCGUGAUGUGCAUCGAUAUAGCCACGCGACUGCAGCAGAACUUUAAGGGGGAAUACCACAGCUACUUGGCUGCAUCCUAUGUCAAAUUUUUGGAGGCAUCCGGUGCGCAUGUGGUGCCCAUUUGGAUCGGCCGAGAACGAGCUUACUAUGCGUUGAUGAUGAGCCAGUUAAAUGGCAUUCUGCUGCCAGGUGGAGCCGUGUUCAUCGACGAGGCUGAUAGGCAAGCCAACCCGGAUCUGACCAGCGAUUGCGUACGGAGUGCUGAGCUCAUCUACCAACUGGCUAUGGAGCGUAAUCAGCGGGCGAGGAAGCUGGAUGAUCUUGGCGGAUACUUUCCCGCUUGGGGAACUUGUCUUGGCUUCCAGUUGCUCCUUAUUCACGCCGCCGAAGCACCGAAUGUUCGAACCGCCUGUCAGCCCAUGAGGGAGGCGAUGCCGGUUACUCUGACCGAUGACUAUCAGCAAUCACAACUGCUUGGAAGUCUGCCGAAAUCGGUUGCCGAUGAGAUGGAGAAGCACGCAUUUGCCUGCCAUCAGCAUCGGUAUUGCAUCACCAAAGAGAGUUUGGAAUCCUUUGGUCUAGCAAAGGAUUGGCAUCCCCUGGCCACUCAGAAGGACACUUUGGGACUGGAAUUCAUCACGAUUGUCGAGCACCGGCGUUUUCCCAUCUUUGGAUGUCAGUUUCAUCCUGAGCGCGCUGCAUUUGAGCAGCUUUUCAACUCACCGGACAAAUGUUACAUGGCGCAUUCCCGCAUGGGUAUCGAGUUGUCCCAAAUCCUUGGCAGUCGGUUUGUUGACUUCUGCCGCCGCAACAACAAUCAGUUCGAAAGUGACAAAUUAAAAACCCGACAUCUCAUUUGGAACUGGCAGCCUGUUUUCUCUGGCAAGUUUAAGGGCUCCAACUGGCAGCAGUGCUAUCUAUUUGAGAAGAACGUGGACUAUGCGGAAGAGCGGGAUGAUUCGGAGGAGCUCCGCUCAUCUUAAGUAUUGUGAUAUACAAGACGUAAUGUAAUUAAUAAGCUAAUUAAUAAAUUAGACGAAAACUAGCCAGAAAAAUAUAUCAUCGCAUUACUUUA